UUCAUGAAAUACCCCCGAGGUUUACAAAAACGCACCAAAUACCCUCGCGUGUUUCGAUUCACAUAAUAUACCCCUAUUUAUCCGUACUGUUCAUGAGAUGCACCUAACAGUUAACGGCGUUAGUCUACCGUUAGUGGAGUUUUACUAUUUUGCCCUUAAUUGUGUUAUGACCCCCAUUUACUUACCUUCCCUUUGACAAAAACUCAAAAAAAAAAAUCUCAUAUUCUUCUAUUUCUCUCUCUUCUCCCCUAUUCUUCAAGCUUCAACCUACUCGAAACCCAGUAAUUCUGGGUAGAUCCUCCUGCUCUCUGGCCGCCGGCAGUGAUCCGGUGUUACGCACUCACAUUCGCUCUCUCAGUGUUCCUUCUCAUCACUCCCUCCAUUUCAAUCUACGGUGAUGAGGACGAAUGGACGAUUGCUAUGAUCUGCUUGGGGUUUCUCAAAAUGCGAACACUUCGGAAAUUAUGAAAUGUUCAUUCGUCGGAUUACUUUCAAAAUUCACAUUCCUCAAUUCACUUUCAAAAUUCACUUUCAAAAGAGAAGAGAAGUCGGAAGUAUCAGCGGUUAGGAUGGAGAUGUCGGGAGGUGGGGUCGGGUGGGUAGCCCAGAUGAGAGAUUGGGCGAGUUUUGUGGGGUUUCGACCGGCGAUUGCAAGGGUUUUGAGAGGGGAAGAGGAUGAGUUGAGGAAUUUUAGGGAUUCUUUGAGGACGUAUUUACCUGUGAAGCCUGAUGCGCCGAGUACGAUGAUGUCAUAGGGUGGUGGUGGUGGUGGUGGAGGGUGGUGGAUUUCCGCCAUGGUUUGUGGUUGUUAGGGAGGAAAAGGGGAGGAAUGUGAAUUUUGAAAGUAAUCCCACCAGGUGCACCUGGAUUAUGGCAAACUGAAAUCAAGUGUUUGCCUCUCUUCCUUGGCAGCCUCAAGCUCUUCAUGUGACAUCAAGCUGAUGCCUUGAAUACGUUCUUCUAGCAACUGCUUCAAUUUGUUAUCUUCACUCAUUGACUGUCCAGUGGUCUCAUCAAGUUUUGCACGUGCUAGUUCCAACAAACCCUGUAAAGCAGCUUCUCGAACAGUUGCAUCAAGUUCAGUUACUACAAAACCAUCAGUUUAGUUUUCCCGUAUAAGAUAAUGAAGUAAAUUCAUGAGUAUGGUUGGCUUGCACUUGGGAAGAGAGUUCGUUCCUCAAUGGUGGCUGCUGGAUUUAGAUGUAGUAUUGCAGUGACUAAUGCACUAGUCGAUAUGUAUACCAACAGUAUAAUUCAAUUCAAUCAAUUUCUUAUUGGAUUUGUUGUUUGAGCAUUUCAAUUUUCUUUGAUUAUUACUUCUAUUUCUGUUUUAGGUUUAACUUUUAGGUUAA